AUGUUUGCUUUAAAGGCGGAAACUCUAUGUCCUUCACUUGAUGAUCUACCUCAACUCCUCAAGGUCAUUAAUUUCUAUGAUGGCGUUGAGAAGAAAAUAAAUGGAGAAGUAAAUUGGUACGAGAUUCUUGGUGUCAACCCCUUGGCUGACAUGUACACCUUCCGUAAAACAUACAAAAGAAUUGCUGUGGCUCUACACCCUGAUAAAAACAAGUCCUUCGGGGUCGAAGAAGCAUUCAAACUUUUUUCUCAAGCACAGAGUGUGCUGUUUGAUAGGGGAAACAAACUAAUGUAUGAUAUGAAGCUAAAUGUCAGAGCUUACCAGAGGAUUUCAGUUGGAAAUCCUCCAUUUCCAGCUGAUAAAUAUAGUUUUGGGAAUUUUACCAGCUGCUCUAGUUCUGCUACAAAUAUGACAGCUUCUGGCAAGGCCCAGAAUGUGCCAAUGUGCCCAAGGAAUCUGGCCACAACUACAGGUUCACAUUACAAUUCUUCUCCACUCUGGCCAAGGUAUCAGUCAACAGCCUUUGGUGGUAAACACAUUCCCACUCACAAAACAACUCCGGAUACAGCAACCUAUCCUAAGUAUGUUUUCAUUCCACCCUGGCCAAGGGACCCAACUGCUGCCAGUGGUUCCUAG